AUGUACUCGUCAGUCAUGUCUUUGGAUUCUCAGGACAAAGUAUUUCUAGGCGCGACGCUCGCUACAGCGGUAGUAGGGGCUGCACUUGUCGUUACUGGCUUCGUCCUUCGAUUCGGUCGCGGUUUUGGAACUUUUGUCGCGUAUGCCCGCAAGGACAACGAUUUCUUGGAGCUGCGCCGUCUCGACAUGAUAUUUGGUUUGUUCACAGCCGCUGCAUGUAUCUUGAUAUUAAUGUUCUUCGUUGCUGCUUAUGCCACUAUUCGAAGAAACAAAUUCCUAUUACGAGCGUACUGCGCAGUGAUUGCGAUGAUGGUGAUCAUUCAGCUUGUUUCCGGCCUUCUCGCUUUCACCUACUCCGAUCAAAUAAAUCAACUCGCCUCCGAUGAUAUUCUCUACGAAUCUCUGAACAAAACUGCGUCACGGCCCAGCUAUUAUUCCUCAGACUUAGUCAAGACUAGCCAGGAUAUCCUUGUAUCUAAUGAUCUCUUUGUUGUUCAAAGCUUCAACAGCAGCUUCCCGACCGAGUCGCGGGACUUGCCGAUUAUGCAGAAGUACGCCUCGCCGCCACCGUCAGAUGGGGAAACUCAGUUUUGGAUCCAUACUCAAAAUACUGGAUGUGAAAAACAGAUUCACUCACGAAUUUCCACGGACUCACAGUACUUGGGAGCAGCGUCGAUGGGUGUGGUCCUUGUUGAGAUUAUCGCAAGCUUUCUGGCAGGAUAUCGAGCGUACAACUUUGCACAUCCGGACGAUGACCAAUAG